AUGGCAAUAACUGCGGCAUCCAUUUGGGACUGGUCCUUACCAGUUUUACCAUUCACAUCAAUUAUAACACUGAUUGUUGCCUUAUUUGCAGACCGUUUACUUGACAGUCAGGGUAUGAUGGAUAGACCAUUCUUUGAAAUACCGAUAGCACGUCGAUCUUCGACACACGUCUGUUUCUUGGUUGGGAUCUUUCUGUUACUGCCUCAAAUAAUAGCCAUUAUCAUCGGGCGAUUUCAAUUUCUAGUGAAAACUCAAUCAAUGAUUAAUCGAAUAAUCUUAUCUAUCUUUCACGUUUCAACUCUUAUACCAUUGGUGUUCUUCCUUCUCGUAGCCAUAGUAAAGCGAAGUCGCCAUUCGGAUGGAUAUCAAAUGGGUGUCUAUGGAAUAUUCACAUCGAUUUCAUUAUAUUGCUUUUUACAUACGAUUCUAAUUUGUUAUUUAUAUAUACGACGAUCGAACGCGCCGCAACAUGAGAAACAUUUGGAUUCACUCGCACAGCGGUAUUGCAGAAUUUAUUGUUGUCUUUUGUCCGUUUAUCUAUUUUUUGGGCUUUGUGCAUCAAUUCUGGCUACAAGCAAGGGCAAGACAACGCUAUUCUGCCGUAACGAGAAUAAUAACACUCACUGA